AUGGACGCGUCUGAGAGGGAUAAAUCGCGCGAUGCAAACGCGCGAGCAGUAGCCGGUACGUUCUUGGCCGGUUUGAAGACGAAGAACGAUGAGAAACGAAUUAAAACUGCCAAAGAUUUAUUCAAGUUUGUGGCUGGUGAACUGAAAGAUGAAGCUCCUGAAUAUAUGCAGGAGUUCAUAUCGUUUCUUGACACUAAAAGUGACCAGAGCGCUGUCCAUGAAUGUAUUUAUAGUCCCGAUCUGGACGAGAAGAAAGCUGGGAUUUUUCUUAUAGUAUGCCUAGCUGAGACAUCUAUCGAUGGUGAGUCGAAUCGUGUAGUGCGAUUCGCUAAUUUCCUGUUAAAGGUGCUAACGAUGCCCAAUAUGGAUGAAGCAGGAAUGGAACUGGCUGCUAGAGCUCUCGCUUUCUUGAUUCAGACAUCGAAAUCAUAUGCCGCAGAGUUGGUCGAGAAAUGUCUUGAUCAGUGCUUAGAAUGGCUGGAGGCAAGUGAUUUGAUAGAACCAGUACGGAAUGAGCAGCGACGUUUAGCAUCAGUACUUGCUCGCCAGAGAGCUUGCUAUGUUCACAUCGACGUCGUUUUUCCUUCGUGCCAAUGUGUCUUCAAAGUAUCUUCACAGUGCUCAGGGACCCGAAGAUUGUGUGAAGAUUUUCAGCCACAAAUUCGGAUAGCAUCUAUCAACGCCCUUCAUGCCGCCCUGACCAUAACAUCAGCUCGAGAAGCAAAGCUCAAAACAGAAUGGUACACGAAGUGUUACGCUGAAGCACUCAAUACCAUGAAAGUCAGCGAACUCUCCAAGGAUGACCGCACUCAUUCUAUGCUUUUGGUUAUAAAUGAGUUGGUUCGAAUUGCUGAUGCAACAUUUGAGCGAACGCGGCUGGAAGCACUCGAUAUCCAUCAAACGGAGACGUCAAUUGCUGCACCAAUUGAAUGGUUAACACAGCCGAGGGUAGCCAGUACCGUAGAAAGCAGCACAGCUCGGGCUCUUGUCUUAGCUAAUUUUGCUGAGAUUUGUGGUCAUGCAAAAGCGGCAGCGUUUAGUUGCAAUCGGUCGGUUCCAGUACAUCAGACUUUGCUUGAACUCUUUCCUCGUUUAUCAGCUUGGGAUCAAUGUGACCCAGCACUGUGCAAGGUCAUGUUCGAGCAUGCAAAAAAUAUAGUCCAGAAGAAUGGCAAUGCGCUCGUGGCUCUCGGUUUGUUGAUGCUUCAAAACCCAGAGCGAUUCAGAGGUAAUAUUGGGCAAAUGAUGAUGGUGGUAACAGACAUGCUGAACACUGCUGUUUCCAAGUGA